AUGAGUGAACAAGACGAUGAAGUGCAGGUUCCUGAAUCCUCUUCCCCCAAUACUACCAGGAUGCUUUCAUCAUCGCCGCUGAAACAAGAGCAGGAAUCUCAAGAUGCUGCUGGUAUGAGGAAUAAUCACACCGAUACAACAUCACUGCUGCGAGACAGAUUUAGUUUUACUCCAGGGAAUAAUCAAGGUAAAGAUGAUAAGCAGAGGCCGAAUGGUGAAUUACCUGCAAAUGUAACGGCGAAUCCCGAGACUCAGUUGGCAAUACUGUCGGGUGAGUUUCCUGAUUUUUCACCUACAUUGGUUCAGGCGGUGUUUAAAUCCAAUUUGUUCAAUGCAAAGCUAGCGAGAGAGAGAUUGAAUAGAAUUCGAAGCCAAAGACAGAAUUGGUCUGUCAGUUCUAACAAGAGGAAAACCGGUAGUGGUCAGUUUUCUCAGCAGCUGCAGCUGCAGCAUAAUUCACCAAUGGCUACUAGCAGAUUGAGCUCUAUUAAGAAAAACGAUUCUUCAAAGAUAACUGUAGAAAGGCAGAAGACUUCGAUUUUUGAUCGUUAUUCCAAUGUGAUGAAUCAGAAAGUACGUCCAACGAUGACAGAUUCUCUGGUCAUUGAUGAAGAAUCUCUAGCGAAAUUAGGUAUUAAAUCUCAACCACCUACUACGAAGAGGAGGAAAUUGGUUAGAGCUGAUGAUUUCCACGAUAAAAAGAAGCCCACACAGUUGGAUAAAGCCAGAGAGAACCACAUGAAAAUGAAGAAACGUGGUGGUUCGGAUGGUGAAGCAACAGCUGAAGAAGAAAUGAGUGGUGAUGAAGAAGGUAGUGCUGAUGAGUAUGAGGAAAGAACUCCAGAAGUAAAUAUAGACGAACAGAUUUUGCAUUUCUUAAACACAGCGGAUGCUAGUGAUGUGGCAGAUUUAGGUGAAACAUCAAUGGAAAAGGCCAAUAUCAUUAUUUCAAAGAGGCCGUACAAUAGUUUGUACACAUUCUCACAGUUGGAACUGCUAACGGUAUCGGAGCAAGAGAAAAAGGCACAAGAAGCUCAAAAGAAGAAGGGUAGACGUGUUCAGCAAAAGAAAGAAGGUGAACGUGUAUUAGAAAAAAUUAACCAAAGUAUUAAAGGUUAUAAUGCGAUAGACUCUUUGAUUAAGAAAUGUUCAACUUAUGGUAAAUUAAUAGGAUCUCAUAUGAGGCGAUGGGGUAUAGAUUUAGAGCAUAGUGAUAAGAAUGGUGAAUUAGAUUUCAUGAGCGUUGAUUCUGAAGAUGGUGCAGUCGUGGAAGAAUUUGACGAUAAAGCAGUUAGUAGUUCAUCUACACCAGCACCUAGUAUGCCUAAUAGUGGUGAAGGUACCGAAAAAACUAACAUACAGACAGGGAAAACCGCCAAGAGUGAUCCAGAGUUUGCUGAGAUCGGUGAGGAUGAGGAAGAAGAGGAAGCUGAUGAAGAUGCCGAUGGCGAUGUAGAAUUUCAAGAAAGUGAGGAUGAAGACGAAGAUUACGGCCAUCGUGGUAGAAGAAGAAAUAAUGAUGUAACGAAUCAUAAGAAUAAACCUACGGCACAACAAAGGGGUUUAGUUAAAUUUUUCAAGGGGAAACCACUUCUAUUAUCCGAAGAUUUAGAAUUAAAAGAUUAUCAACAGACGGGUAUCAAUUGGUUAAACCUACUUUAUCACAAUAAUAUGUCAUGUAUCUUGGCAGAUGAUAUGGGUUUGGGUAAGACUCUUCAAGUGAUAGCAUUUUUAGCAUAUUUGAAACAGAUCAAUGAACCUGGUCCUCAUUUGGUGGUUGUUCCUUCUUCAACUUUGGAAAAUUGGCUAAGAGAAUUUCAAAAAUUCUGUCCUGUACUAAAAAUUGAACCUUAUUAUGGUUCUCAACAGGAAAGAGCUGAUUUACGUGAAAUUCUCGAAAAGAAUGUUGGCCAAUACGACGUCGUUGUGACAACUUACAAUUUAGCCGCUGGUAAUAAAUACGAUAUUUCUUUUUUGAGAAAUUGUUACUUCAAUGCAGUGGUUUAUGACGAGGGGCACAUGUUAAAGAAUUCGCUAUCUGAGAGAUUCUCCAAACUGAUGAGAAUUCAAGGGAACUUCCGUCUUUUGUUAACAGGUACACCGUUACAAAAUAACUUGAAAGAGCUAAUGUCCCUUUUAGAAUUUAUCAUGCCAUCACUUUUCGAAUCCAAGAAAGAGCACCUAGCAUCCAUCUUCAAACAAAGAGCACGUACUACCGAUAAUAACAAGGAUUUUAACCCAUUACUUGCCCAGGAGGCCAUCAACAGGGCUAAGACUAUGAUGAAACCUUUCAUUCUACGUAGACGUAAAGACCAAGUGCUCAAACAUUUACCGGGCAAGCAUCGUAAAGUGGAAAUGUGUGAAAUGAACAAACAGCAGCGUACCAUUUACAAUGAAGAAAUUAGAUUGGUAAUGGAACAUCGUCAAAUGGUCAAGGAUGGUGUCUUUCCCAAGGACUCAAAGGAAAAGGCUAAAGUACAAUCUUCGAGCUCUAAAAAUUUGAUCAUGGCCCUGAGGAAAGCGGCAUUGCACCCCUUGUUAUUCCGCCAUUUAUACACAGACGAAGUCAUUAGUAAGAUGAGUGAUGCUAUUUUAGAUGAACCAGACUAUGCAGAGAAUGGUAAUAGACAGUACAUUAUGGAAGAUAUGAGCUACAUGACAGACUUUGAACUACACAAACUUUCUCGUAAUUUCCCAGAUACUUUAUCCAAAUUUAAACUACAAAAUAACGAAUGGAUGCAAUCAGGUAAGAUUGAUAAGUUGUGUGAAAUUCUCCACCACAUCAUCGUGGAAAAGAAAGAGAAGGUUCUCAUAUUUUCACUUUUUACACAAAUGUUGGAUAUCCUUGAAUUGGUUCUGUCCACUUUAAACUACAAAUUUCUACGACUAGACGGAUCUACUCAAGUAAAUGAUCGUCAGUCCCUAAUUGAUAAAUUUUACGAAGAUGAAAAAAUUCCAAUAUUUAUUUUAUCGACAAAGGCAGGUGGUUUUGGUAUUAAUUUGGUAUGUGCCAACAAUGUCAUUAUUUUUGAUCAAAGUUUUAACCCACAUGAUGAUCGUCAGGCAGCUGAUAGAUCUCACCGUGUUGGACAGACCAAAGAGGUUACCAUUACCACACUGGUUACGAAGGACUCUAUAGAAGAAAAAAUAUUCCAAUUGGCCAAGAAUAAGCUAGAUUUAGAUUUCCACGUCUCAGAGGAUGACAAGAAGGCUCAAGAUGCCAUCGAAAAUAAGGUUAGUGAUAUCUUAGAGGAUAUUAUCUAUGAUGAGGCCAAGAAGUGA